UGAAAAGGUAGUGUGGGGCAAUUAGAGGCAAGUGUGUUUUUCUGCCGACGGGAGCUCAGAGCACGACUGAAAAACUGUUGGUGCAACUUCAUGCAUUUUGGUUGACGAUUUUAGACGCAAGCUCCGUUUUUACUUUCUGCACGGAAUGUGCUUUGUCAAAACUGGCUGCCACUAUUCCAAACUGCAUGCAUUAUGGUCGUUUAAGGCUUUGUGCUUUGAUUCAGUUGGUUUCAAAUGUGAUAUAAAAUGAUUUUCGUUUUUGACAUCAUUGUUCCAGCACCUCCAGUUCGCCUCUGGGGCCUUAUUCAUUAGUUAGCACAAUCUACAUCAUCAGGUUACACGCGGCAGCGGAGCUACGUGACUGCACUCAUUCUCAGCAUUACUAAACCGGGAGUAGAUGACUUGGAAAUUCCCGGUCAGCAUCUAUUUUUUUUUUCUUUUCUGAGUAGUUUUGAACUUUUGUUGGAUUGUUUCAUUGUGAGCAUCGGGAGCCGUCACCCCCUCUCCACUCGCAGACAUCGCGAAAUGAAACUGUGUUUUGUCAUCCAGACUGCGGUGGCGCUUCAUCUGCUGCUCUCACCUGCACAGAGUCUACCCUUGUCAAGCAUUAACAACACAACUCAAGUGUUGAUGUUCCAAGAAGUGUGGGGUCGCAGCUUCUGCCGAACCAUUGAGAAGCUGGUGGAGGUGGUUCAGGAGUACCCGUCAGAGGUGGAGCACAUCUACAGCCCCUCCUGUGUGCCACUGGUGAGGUGCGCAGGUUGCUGCGGGGAUGAAAACCUCGAGUGCCAUCCCACCCACACCAUAAAUGUCACAAUGCAGCUGUUGAAAAUCAGGCCAUCAGAGCCAGAUCAGGAAUAUGUUGAGAUGACGUUUGUAGAGCAUCAGACAUGUGAAUGUAGAAUCAGGAAACCUAUUGUGAAGGUUGAAAGGAAAAGACAAAGAGGGAGAGGACGGAAGAGAAAGGAGAGACAAAAAACGAAAGAAUGUGACAGGUGCCAGAUCCCUCGCAGGUAACUGCAGUGGCGACCCAACCCCGCACCUGCAGUGUGGCUCACUAUUUAUUUCCAACCCAGUGACAGCAUCAAGAGUCUCCUCUGCCCAUUUAUCAAUAUUGUUUCCACAGACAGAGACUCGAACAGCUGGGUUUAUUUUGCUGACAUGCCAUCCUGCUGACGGGCAGAGUGUUUGUAAUGACAAGCUUCAACAGGAAGUGUGUUUUGAUUGGUGGAAACACUGCUGUUACACACCUGACACAAUGGACAUGCCUGGGAGCCAGUGCAAUGUAGAACCAAACCGACCAAUGCCUUCUCUUUUCUACAAGUUAUUACUGUAUCAGAUAUUGUAAUUUGUCAUUUUCUCUGUAUUUAAGGAUGGUUACACUUGUUUAAAAUCUAUAUUUAUUGAUACAACUGAAUAUAUUUGGACCAGCAACCUUUUAAAAAGUUUGUCAUUCUUUGUUCAAACAUUAUCCAAGAAGCCUUGACUUGACAUAGCAGGAAAUGUUGGACUGAGUGUGCAGCUGCUAUGUACAUGCAAUAAUGAAAUGUCUCCCUCUACUGUUUGAUGUGUUUUACUGUCAAUUCAGGCCUAAAUAAAAACAAUAUUGAUCAGAAACCUUAAGCAAUUAAGACACAUCCACACAAGACUUUGUAUACUAUAAAUGUCUGGUAUAUAAAAUUGUCAGAAAUCUAAAUUGUUCUUUGGAAUAUGAAGUAUCUCUCUUUCUCUGCUGUUCUGGAGGGUUGGAUACAAUGUGAAUUACAUCUGUUUAAUUAAUGAAUGUGAAAACUAAUCUUAAAACAGAUUAAAUGGCAACAUCAGUUUAUGUCAAAUCGCACCAGUAAGUGUGUAACAGGCUGCAAAGGGGACGAGGCAAGCCCAGUAAGUAUGGGCAGAUCAAUACUACAAUAACCAAUACACUCAAGCAGUACUCAUUUGGUAUUGAUGCCUAUUAAAGAAUAUCAAUUAUAA